AUGGCGACUGAGAGGCAACCAGAGUGUAUAAUGUCCCAGACCCAGCAUUGUCUUGAGAGUCUAGGGGCUCAGUCAUGCCAAGAGCCUCCUAAUGCCUCUGGGGAUACUCAGCAGUAUUCAAACAAUCCAGCACACAAUGAUACAGCAGGACCUGACGACCACCUCCAACAAAUUACUUGCAAGGACCGUCAUUCUCCCGUCCCAAACCAUUCCCAGCUAUCGAUCCACCGAUACCAGGUUAAGAAGCUGCGACGCCUGCAGUCUAAUGGCUCAAGGCUAGCUGGUCCUCAAAGGGGAAGGAGCUAUCUAAAAUUGCAAAGUUUUCUAGACUAUAGGGUCCAGCAACGUCGGGGCACUUGUAAGGAUGGGGAGCCAGUAUGGUCGGACGAGCUGGAGGACGCAUUUCAUCAAGCUCUCGAGGCAAACCCACCGAUGGGGAGGAGAAACUGGUCCGCACGCGGGGAGUCGUAUGGUCGAAACGAACUGAUUGCGGACUAUAUCUAUAGGUUAACCGGCAAGCGGAGGACGAGGACACAGGUCUCGAGUCACUUACAAGUCCUUGACUCGUUCCUCAAGGGUGACCCAGACUGGGAAAGGCUAGUUCGAGAACAACCGGCCGACCACUCAAAUAGCCAGACUCAACUAGUUGGUCCUACAAGGAGAAGUCCUAUAAACUGUUUAUCUUCUAGUCACUACAGUAAAGAUUCACUUGUCUGUGCUGUUCAAUGCCUUGGCUUUGGCAUGUGGGUUAGUGCUCCCAACAUGCCAGACCGGAUUGAUGAUGCGUUCCAUGUGUAUACCCGCCUCCGGAGAGGCCAGCCGCAAGCACCUAUGCCCUUGGAAGAAUUGACGAACUGGCGAACCUUCUUUCCGCACUUAAAUUCGUUGCUCUUAGAGGUCAACGACCCCUUGAGCUGCGAGAUAAUACUUCUUGAGGCCAGACUUCAGUUGAUGGACGUUCAUCCUCCUACAGGGUCAAGGUUAGAAAUUGGCCUGGAGCUUGACAUUACCAAUCCUACAUUGGGCGCCGCACCGAUGAGUAACCAGAGAGAGAAUUGGACCUGUUACAAUUACAUAUAUGAGGAAGGCCAGAAGACGAUGGAAACAUAUCACAAUAUCCCCAAGCCGCACACCACAAGAAUUAGACUGCCGUUUGAGUCGUCAUGGUGGGCGGAGCGUUUCACGAUGCUUACCGAGGACAAGCAAGUGGCUGAAGCCAGCGGACAUCAACAUGCUGCUAAAGAGCGUAACCAGCAGUUCUUUCGCACCCUGACCGCAGUUCAAGAGAUCCGUGCCAGCGAGCCUGCCAGCUUGCGACGGCUGCACAACCAGUAUGCAGGGUCUCCUAGCGAUGGAAGCAAGAGAAUGGCCAUCAUCCUCUGGCAGUUUAGGCAGACGCUACCAAUCGAGGUCGGCACCACUAUAUGCCGAAAGCUAAUCGCUGCCCCGGGCCGUACCAAUGAAAUUUACCUUCCUACUCCUGAUUUAGAUUCAGUUCGCCUUACUCCUCUUUCUUCGGAUCCAAUCCCACCGAGCAGGUCGACCCCUAGCAUGUACCAGAGCCCUCGGACUCAUGAACUACUGCAGCAGCACUGGCCCUUGUAUCAGCCUUCCCAUCACCAUGUCACUAGCGUUUUCAACUCUGCUGGCGCCUUUGAUUUCACGAACAGCAUUACCAAACCAGAAGAAAGCUUGUCCGAUAAGACGAACUCAGCUUCGAUGCUUGAUCCAUUUCCUAACCUGCAGCAGCAGACCACCAGUCAGCCAACUAGCCUCGAUGUCUCCAGUGGAGCACCUAGGAUGCUCCAGAUACCUGACCUACCUCUACCACAUACAGGUCUUGGGGCCUACGGGCUCGGCCACGAGAGUCAUUUGAUAGGCCCGGACGAACCGGUGGGGAGUACUGUGGGCAUGUCUGGUGAUGCUGGUAUGAAUGGGGCGCGUCUCGAAACUCUUUUGGAGGAUGACCUAAGAGUGACAGCCACAAGCCAAGGCACAGUUUUACAAGAUUGGCAACAAGGUGGGUCGAAGAAUUCGGGAAAGAAAAAUCCUAGAGCAGGCGAUGAUGCACAUACCCUGGAAUUUACACAAACUCGAGCAUUUACGGAUUCAGGUUAUGCAUCUACAAAACUAGACAAUUACGGGCAUAUCCAGAGCACUAGGGAUAUUCCAACCGAACCUCCUGCAGGCCCUGGAUACGCAUCAGGAGAGCAACCCGAAGUGCCACAGACACAGAACUUCGUGCAUGUGGAUGCAGCCAGAACGGUUUACUCUGACACAUCGAGUGUUACUAGUUUACAAAGGGAGGGCUACAUAUCUGAAUUGGCUGGAGAUUUGUUUACAAAAGUGUCCUCCUGGCAGCCUGAUUCGAUGACAAUGGAAAGAAUUUCUGAAGUCCUUCCAGAAUUGCUCAGAGCUUUCGCUCUUAAAGUUGGCCACAACGCACCUAGCCAGAUGCAUCGUGAUGUUAUGGUUUUUAUCCACAAGAAUCGAGAGUGA